AGAGAUGGGUGACAGGAAAAGCAUUCAGAGUGUCAAGGAUGCCUAGGACAAGGAAUCAGAUCUUCUACGUCAAGGUAUAAUCUCUGCUACAGUGAGCAGGAAGGACCCUUUCCCCUGUGAAGCCUUGACCAAUUUGCCAGGUGCAUCGUAGAAGGGAGUGAGGCAGUUGUGCGUUCUUGAAUAUAUUGGCUAUCGGCUACUGGAUUUAACAGUCUAAGCCAGUGUGGCAAAUGCUACUUUCCUCUAACAAAUGAUGAUUUGAGUUUGACUUUCACGUUUUCAACUUGCCUUUAAUUAGAAUCCCACCACUAACACCUGGGCAGUAGUUUGUGAUAUGCCCAGGAAAGUACCAUUCCAUGCAGGGGGGAAGACAGACUCAGGCAAGAGUCUUCUGAUGAAAAUAUCCAGCAUUGUGUACAUUUGUGUAAAUGGGUGAAGGGUGCAGGAUCCUUUAUGGAAACAGCCACCUGGGACCUUCUGCUAACUCCUCCUUUUUAAUACCACAGAGUUUUCUUCUUGCUUUUUCAAAUGAAGGGCAGGGUUUGUCGUCCACCCCUCCAACGUGGGCAGUUUACCUUGGGCCAGACAGUGGCGCUUCAAAGCAGUUGGACACACAUUCAGUUUCACAGGUUGAGAUUUGCAAACCUGCUUUUUAACCUGCGGAUCCAAAGUCUGGGAGAGAACUUGUCACCAACAUGAAAACAAUUAUUGCAGCCUAUUCCCAAAAUCGUAGUGGGAGCCGUGCCAGCAUUCAGGCCGCCCUGCAUACUCUGCUGACCGUGCCCUGGCCCUCGCAGCGGGAGUUCCGAGCAUGCAUCCAGCUCCUCUCAGUUUUGCAGUGGAUCCUCAGCUUCUUGCUGAUGGGAAUCGUCUUCCUGUUUCUCCUCGUCUAUUUGGUUUUCACCAGUUUCUGGCCAGUUUCUGCUCUAUACUUUGCCUGGGUAAUCUUUGACUGGGACGCACCGGAGCAAGGUGGGAGGAGGUCGACAUGGGUGCGAAACUGGCCUGUCUGGAAGCAUUUCCGAGAUUAUUUCCCUAUUCAGUUAGUGAAGACUCACAGCCUCCUCCCCAGUCACAAUUAUAUCAUUGGCGCACACCCCCAUGGGAUCCUCUGCGUUGGGGCCUUCUGCAACUUCAUCACCGAGUCCACUGGCUUCUCUGAGAAGUUCCCUGGCAUCAGACCCUUCCUGGCCACGCUGGCUGGCAACUUCCGGCUGCCUGUCUUCCGGGAGUACCUGAUGAGUGGGGGCCUGUGCCCUGUGACGCGCCGGGCCAUAGGGUACCUGCUCUCUCAGAAUGGCAGUGGGAAUGCUGUGGCCAUCGUGAUUGGAGGCGCGGCUGAGUCGCUGUCUUGCCAGCCAGGAGUCACCACAUUAAUCCUCAAAAACCGCAAAGGCUUUGUUCGGAUGGCACUGCAGCACGGGGCACACCUGGUUCCUGCCUUCUCCUUUGGUGAGAACGACCUCUUCCGGCAGGUGGUUUUUGAAAAGGGCAGCUGGAUGAGGGGCAUUCAGCAGAGGUUCCAGAAGCUGGUGGGCUUUGCUCCCUGCGUCUUCUAUGGACGGGGUUUAACCUCUAUCCAUUCCCGAGGCUUCUUGCCCUACCCGAAGCCUAUCACCACUGUCAUAGGAGAACCUGUGACGGUGCCCAGGAUCCAGGAGCCUAGCCACGAGACGGUGGAUCUGUACCAUGCUAUGUACAUCCGUUCCCUGCUCAAACUCUUCAAUGACCACAAAGCCAAGUAUGGCCUGUCGGAGACGGACGAGCUGAGGAUCUUGUGACUGAGGCCAGAGAAAAGCCAGGGGACUUUGGGCAGCCAAGCCCUAAUUCUCGAGGGCUGCCUGCUCUUGGAGGUUGGAAUGGCAACUUACUUGGCAGGAUGGGGGCUCUCAGGGACAUACUGUUCACCCCAGCUACUGUUUGCUUUCUACCCCAUACCUUACUCACUUGUCGCCUUGGUGCUGCCCCAGCCUCUGCUUCUGUUUGUUCCCUCCAGAAGAUGAAUGAAGGAAGGAGAGAGCUCCCUGCUUGCCAUUUCCCUGCGUUUCCUGUGUGCUUUCUGCUCGCUCCCAUGGGCAAUGCAGUGAGUUGGCUUCCUCAACUCCCAAAGCUCCUUCAGGGAAGGGAGGAGCACAGGAAGGACAGGUGUUGGGGCUUGGAGGGGAUGGGGAGUGUGCAUGUGAGCAGAGGGACAUGGGGGAACAAGUGUGGCGACAUGUCUCCUCUGCCCAGAUCCCACUCUCCUGGAGGGAGAUGAAUAGUAGCUUUAUGCUGCUGCUAAUGGAACAGAGAAAUGCAACCCUGCAGGCUAAACUCUGCCCAGGGCUCCAGCUCUGGCUAAGAAGGAGGGAGGGUGAGAUGGAUAGAAUGGGAGAAAGAGGGGAGGGAGGAGAAAAAUGGAGGGAAAAUCCUUGACUGUAGCGAAUGUGAAAAACAGGGUUACCAGAGGGGCCUGCAAUGCCAUGCAGGGUGUGUUGUGAGGGGCAGGGCCCUGAGACUGUGGGUCUCUGAGGAGCUGUCUGCUGACUCAACUCUUUGUCUAAGGAAAGCUGGGCAGCUAUAACUUUUGUGGCCUUGUCUGUCCCUGGUGCCCAUGUAGAAUGGAGCCUCCUGGGAGGGUUUGUCCUUCCAUCUCUGUUUUGCUGGCUAAAUGUGUAACUCAGAAACAGGCAUGUCAGGCUGUUUACCCCCAAGGGGACAUGUCAUCCCUGCACCGGGUUGGGGAGUUCUCCCUGUGGUGGUUAGCACAGGCAGCUUUUCCUCAGCCUUAGAAUCAAGACAGGGCCAUGGCUUCCCUUCCCACAAUGAGGAGGGAUGGACAGUCAGGGAGUUCAUGGGAAGCUUGGUGAAACUCUGGCCAGGACAUAGCCAGGAUGCACAAGAUUUUCCCUUUGCAUCUCCCCUUCCCAACACAUCUUGUUCCCUGCUUGAACUGUGGCCAGGGCACAUGGGGGAGGGGGUUCAUAGACCCACCUGAGCAGCUGGGGCUUGGUUGUAUUUUGUGACAACCUGCCCUCCCUGUCCCCCCUAGCCACCACCCUGUAGCCCCCACUCCUGCCCCACGCUGGGGAUGGGGAAGCCCUAUCCCCUACGCCCAGUGAGGCGCAGCAGGCUGCAGCAGGGGAGGAAGGAAGCCAUAUGUGAAGGCAAUGCCCUCUCUGCCAGCACCCAUUAAC